UGGAUCCAAAUUUGCGCUCAAACGCCGUGCGGUUGUGAAAGAGAAACGAACUCUGAUCUCGGCCUUCGAUCACGUGCUACUGCGUCGUUGCGUGUGUUUAUCUCCAGUUCUACGCCCGCUACAAUCACCUACUAUUCAAACAACCAGUGGAAUUACCCGCGAAAUGGUACAAUAUUUUCCGGAACCCACCCCCAGAUCGGAAUUUUUUCUUCUGUGAACUCGUCUCCGGUUUCGGUGCUCGUUAUCAAGGUUUGUGACGUAGCGUUAAUCAGAGAUGACUUGUUGAACUGUGCCGCGAGGAUCUGUUUUGCGAUUUGGCGCUUCAGGUUAUUACGACGCAGAAUAAAUUUAGCUGGUUCGCAAUACAACUUCCAACAGUUGUAUAACUUGUCGGACUGACAAGUCUUUUUUUUUUUGUCGGAGCGACAUUACCUAACCGAUUGAUGACAUUUCAUCGGAAUUCUAUGAUCGGUAGUGCGUUACAGUUUGGCAGUGUUUGUGUCGAAACAUAGAAAUUUCUAGUUUGGAUUAUUUUUCUUGUGAGUGCGUUCGAAAAACAGCCGUUUUGAUGAACGGGGACACUUUUAACAACUGGACGGUGCCUGGCCUCAAUAUGAACUUGGUGAAAAUGGAACCUCUCCAGGAACUGGAUGGUUUCGAACCCCAGACCAGGGCUAGGUCCAACACGUGGCCUCUGCCUCGACCUGAAAAUUAUGUUGAGCCUGGAGAUGAAGCCAGCAACAAGUGCGCUGGAUUGCCAGGCCCGGCACAGGCUGUUACACAGCCCGCUAAGAAGAAUUCCAGCAGGAGGAAUGCUUGGGGUAAUCUUAGUUAUGCGGACCUCAUAACCCAAGCAAUCACCUCAUCACCAGAUAAAAGGCUAACUUUGUCUCAAAUCUACGAGUGGAUGGUGCAGAAUGUACCUUACUUCAAGGACAAGGGUGACAGCAACAGCUCAGCAGGAUGGAAGAACUCCAUCCGCCACAACCUCAGUCUGCACAACAGGUUCAUGAGGGUGCAGAAUGAAGGUACUGGCAAGUCGUCUUGGUGGAUGAUCAAUCCUGAUGCUAAACCAGGAAAAUCGGUCAGGAGGAGAGCUGCCUCGAUGGAGACCAGUAAGUUUGAAAAAAGGAGAGGAAGGGUGAAAAAGAAGGUUGAGAUGCUCAGAAACGGAGGCGUGUUGCAUGACACUACACCUAGCCCUAGUUCGUCGAUUUCUGAAGGUUUAGAUAAGUUUCCAGAUUCGCCAAUUCAUAGAGUAAGAAUAGAUCGUGUAAGGCACAACUCAUAUAGCUCAGUACCAUCGAGGACAGAAGAUUUUUACGAAGAAUAUUUCGAUGAUUAUGACGAAUUGAUGUUUUUUGCACGCAGUGGCUUUCAACAAAGCCCCGACUUCAGACCAAGAGCAUCUUCCAACACAUCAUCGUGCGGGAGACUGUCGCCAAUACCCUCUGUGGCUGAGUUGGAACCGGAAUGGGAGUCUCCCAGGUACAACAACUACAGUCCUGAAUUGGCUGGCAACUACUCUCCCGACACGUUGGCUGGCAACUUGCAACAAGGAAUGAAAUUAGACUCGGACUACAUGGGAUACCUGAACGGACAUACACCAACACAACAGCCACCCCCGCCACCUCCAUACACAGCCCCCUUCGACAACUUCCCAGGAAGGACCCUACAUGCCGCAUCACCCUAUGGAAUCACGCAGUGUCCCAUCCACAGGACACAAAACUGCGUGUGUAUGUCGAUCAAAGUGGAGCGGAUGUCACCCACAGGGAUGUCACCCUCCUACCCCCACUCAGAACCCUCUCCAGACCCCUUAGGCAGCCAAUAUAUGCUCAACAGAAACAUGCUACCUAGGCCGCCCUCUCCUAGUCCACCUCUGACACCUCAACCAACACAUACCGGCAUCGCAUCUACCAUGAUGGGCCAGCUGAUGGGAGCCCUGAACCAGAAUCAGUUAGAUGACCUGAGCAUCAUGGAGCUUCAUGGCAGUUUUGACUGCAACGUGGAAGAGCUCAUAAAGCAUGAGUUGAACAUGGACGGCAGCUUGGACUUCAACUUCCAGAACCAGCCCCAAGGAGUGGCCUUAGCCCCUGAAAGCCAUCAGACAGUGUUACCAACAGGUCAAGCGAACGGCCCACCACCUUACUCCGCCUCUGUGACGGCGGUUACGACGCCGUCUUGGGUACAUUAGCGACAAGAAGAAGGAUCGACAAAAUCUAGAGCUUGUUGAUGCGUAGCAGAGUUUAAGAAGAUACCUGUAGUCCAUCAGAUAUUUUAUCUGUUGAAAGAAAUGUAAGGAUGUAACGUUGUUAUGAUCUCGUGUUAUGCUCAUCAAUAAAUAUUAAUUGUUUGUACAGAAAUAUUCUAUAUUUGCUUAUUUUUUUAUGUUCCGUAAGGGAGACUUGUUGAAAACGAAUGUAAUAUGUUAUGUUCACAUCUUUUAAUUCUCAUUUCUUAGGUGCCAUUGUCAGACAUUUGAUGUGUUUAUUUUUAAUUAUUUUCGUUUGGAAAAUCAAAGACAAGAAGAAUUUCAUCGCCAAUUUUUCUGAUUCUGUGGCCCAUUCAAUUUUUUCCUGUCAGUGAUUUUCCACGGUUGCAUAAAUUUUUGAGUGUAAUAAUUUGCAAUCUGAAACAGCCUUAAGUGGCAGCUGCAAUCGACAUUUCUGUUAUUAUUGAUAGGCAAAUUUUUUAAAUUUAUAAUGUAUAUUAUAAGGCAAAAUUAUUAUAUAUAGUGUAAUAUAAAACAUGAUAUAAUGAAAUAUAGUGAAGAUGCAGCAUUGCCAAUUGAAUGUUGAAGAGUAAUUGUUGUACAUAGUGUUUAGGUUCUAGGUGCUUCGCGUACCUUUUGUUGAUUUAGUUUUAAACCAUUUACAGGUUUCGAAAUGGCAAAAAUUAAAAAAAAAACUUGUCAAUAUAAUUUUAUACCUUUAUCGUAAUUUAAAUUUUUUUUGUAUGAUUUACAAAAAGUUGGUUAUCCUGGAAAUUAUUUCUUUUAAUUUGUGUUUUCGAAACCUGAAUUUUUUAAUCAUCCUUUUCAUUUUCGCCAUAUCGGUUCUGGUCAUGAAGAUAGGUCUCUUCUAUGGUUGAGCGUUAUAGUUUCAUUUAUUGUAAUUUUUUACUUUUAGAUCGUAGAAAAUUAUUCAAUGUAUUAACCGAGAACGAUUCUCAUCACUGUUUUUGUAGUGAUGUGCGACUGAAGAGCACCUAGAAUUGUUCAUCACCAAAAGUUGAAGCCGCGUCAUUUUAAUUUCAGUUUGUUAUAGAGGCAGUGCGCUACCUUUUUUAUUUUAUCUCACUGAAAAAAAAUUCCGUUUUUCGAGGAGUCACUUCAUUUUUACUUUUUCGAAAAAUAUAAAGUUUUGAUUUUAUAUGUAUUUUGUAAACGAGAUACUGAUUUGAAAUUUUGGAUUUGUUUCAAAUUGAACAUCUCCAACUUAGUCAAUUAAAUGAACCCAUUAACGAAGAUGUCAAUUUGUAAAAACUAUUUUUUCAUCUUAAAAACUAAAAUAAGGAUCAAGUCAACACUUUAACGAAUUUUCGACUCAAGCAAGAGGUUGAGAAAACAACGAACUAUUUUUGUGUGAUCAUGGAAUUUAUACUGAAACGAUAUUCGAUAAUGUUUUUGGGUGUUAAACUAUCUUUAUGAAACUGAUGAGUGUACUGUACUUAUGAAGCACUCGCACUACAGUGCACAACUACAGUGAUAGCUAUGUCAGGUGCCUCCAUUUCUUUUUUUUUUCUUUUUUGAAAUCUGUAACACAUGAAUACUAAUUUUAAGAAAAUUAUAUAUAAAUAUUAUAAAUUCACAUAUUGCUGUUCACAAAAAUAAAAACUAAAGACAUA